AUGGACGUUGCCUGCGCACCAUACAGAACACAGUCGCUUGGAUGGGGCAUCCUAGCGACGCCUGCACUUGGCGAAAAACCUCGCUGUGUCAAACUGCGGCGCGAAACCACGCCUUGGCCGUCCCUGCGUAGACACUGGCCUGGCUGUCUGCGACACGGCACGAAGCCGCUGUCGAGGGACAUCGGUCUGCUGGAUGCGGUGCAUUUGUACCUUAGAUCGAAUGUACAGCUGCGUGGAGGCGCUGCCGCUGGGGGUCCGUCCAGCUGUUGCAUGAGCGCAGACUCGCCAGCACAGCACCAGCGACGGUGGAAGCGCCCUGGGCAAACGUCCGGAAAGCGUCGCCCGCGCAAGUCUUUGACUUCACCAGACAGCGAGCGUGCUACAAACGAGGAGGAGCAGUCAACACCGAGGCAAGCGGACACAACGCGAAAAUCGCCCUCUGGUAGUGCAGCACUAGCGGUAAAGUCGCAGCCACCGACAGCGACGACGGAGAGCACCAUUCCGCAGUGCUCGCGCGAGUUCAUCGAACUCUGUCGCGUACAGUUCGAAGUACUUGCGAGUGUCCUCGGCGUAACUCGUUGUGCACUGUGCGUACGGCGCGAAGCACCCGACGGUGCCCUAGAGUUUGUGCCGCUCUGUGUAUAUCCCGAGUCGCAGUGUGUCUGGGUGGUUGGCGCAGCGCCUGGCUCUCGUCCGCCGGUAGGCCCAGCGGCACUGCCGGGUGGCGUCGCCGCUGGACGACUGCUCCCCGAGUACCCUUUUAUUGACCUGAACGCUGACACUGCAAUGCCCUUGACUGACGGGGGAUUAUCGGCGCCACUCCUUGAUGGGAAUACCGUGCUCGGAAUCUUGGUCGUUUGGCGCGAUCACGGAACCGAUUCAACGCCGAAGCCACGAAUACUGCCCGAAGAACCCUCGCACUGGACCAUGGACGAGCGUGUGCGACUCGUUUCAAUUGCGAAGACGCUUGCACUAGCGCUCGUACUGGACCAGCGUCAUCGGCACAAGGCGUCUGGUGCAUCACAGGCGUCAACGCGAGCUGUGGUGUCAUCAUCACCGACGAAUGACGGUGACAUGCAAGAGGUAGGCUCCAGAUGCGAGCCCCGUGCCUCAGCCGAAGCGCCACCGCAUUCGCAUGCCGACCCGUUGGCUCCAGCGUCAGCGCGAGAACCGAAGGCCCCGACAGGUGAGCGAACGUCGCUGAAGCGCAACCGCCGGAAGCGCACGGAGAACAGCGCCCAGCUGCCUGCGUCGGAAACGCUUGCGCACUGGGUUGACACGCGAGUACUGUCCAGUCAUGAGCGCCAAACUUGGGGCUCUGCGCAGGCUCGGGAGAGCGCCAUGAUCGCACAAAUUCGCGACGUACUCAGCAAUAUCCUGCACCAAGCGAAAAGCCCAAUCACGGCUUUGCGCACCUUUGGAAAGUUACUUCUGCGUCGACUGCCCCCCGGUGAUGUGAAUCGAGACCUGGCCCGUGAUAUCAUUGUACAGUGUGAGCGACUGAAUGAACUCUUAUCGCCGUUGGACACUGUGACCUUGCAGGUUGCCCAGUUGCCACCAGCGAAGGAUAUCGAUCGUGUUUCGCCAGCUGCGGCCUCAAAGAACGCACGCCCGUGGCCAAGGUCGAUGCCGCACCCGACAACAACAACAACAACAACAACAACAACAACAACAGCGGCAACGUAUGCGCUACCAGGCAGGAUGUUGCCACCGCCGCCACGCUCCUUGCUGCUCCCGGCACCAGGAACAAAUGCACAGGACGCAGUAGUGACACCAAGCAAUACCAAUGAUGAUGAUGAUGAUGAGCUACUCCAUAGUAGGAGUAGCGCCCUCGAGAACGGCAGACUACACCUCUGUUGGAUGAACGACAUCGUGCGCCCGCUGCUCGGUACUGCAACUGCGCUGGCCAUGGAGCACGGCGUUGAGCUGCGCGCGCGCCUUGAUCAGGUACCUGCGAUUCUCGCCGAUGCCUUUGCGCUUCGUGAGGCAAUCAGUAACGUGCUCGAGAACGCUAUCAAGUAUACGGGCACGGUACAACCUGGCGCUCGGGGUCGCCUUGUCCUCCUCUGGAUCCAACUCGUAUCCCUGAAUGCAGGCAGAGAUCGCAGCGCGGGUGAAAUCACGGAACUGCGCCCCCUGGAAGCAGUGCCUGGUGGUACCUUCGAUGCAGAGGAGCCGCAGGCACACGACGAUCUUGCAGUGGCCCUGUUCGUCGGGGAUACCGGUCCGGGUAUCCCUCGUGGUGAACUGGAACGAAUUUGGGAGCGCGGUUAUCGAGGACGUCGCGCUCGGCAGGACAGCGCUGCAGAGCGCGCGAGUUUGGAAGCAGGCUCCGCUGGAGCAGAGAAUCGCGAGAACUCGCCUAUCUCGUUACCGUCAACAUCGAGACGGAUGCAGUCGGGCGCAUCCGACACUGACUCAGCGCAGCAUGGAUUAGGACUCUACUUGACGCGCCAGCUCGUAGAGCGUAUGGGCGGUAUGGUCAUUCUACAGAGUCCGUGGCCGCAAUCAGAGCGAGCGCGUUCACCACCCGGUAUCAGUGGGACCACAAACGAUGCCCAGUGGGCGACACACAUCCUUCCGCAGAACGCACCGCCCCUUGAGGAGAUGCACGUCUACGUCAACGCACCGGCAGCGGAUUCAACGACUCGAACGGGGCAGCGAGCACAUCGUCGAGGGACCCUCGUUGGUAUUGUGUUUCAGCGAGCAAUAUCGGCUGGAACGCCCGCUUCAUAG